AUGCUGCCUACUUCUUCCCUCUCACUUCGACCAUCGUUACUUGCUAUUCCCGGUCGUCCGUCGAUCAAGGCAACAAUAGACUUGCCUUUCUAUGUAAACCCUAGACCUCAUUUGCUGGUUUCGUUCCAUGAUACGAUUUCGUUCAUCUGGAAUCAACUACCAUCGUCGAUCUGGACAACUGAGUUGCCUCCGUCAUGCCUUGCAUCAUGCUUUUGGGAGCUGCAGACCGUGGAUCUUGAUUUCCCUAACACAACUGAAAGCUAUAGACUUUAUUGCCAGAGGUUUAUUGCCAGUGAUAUAAAGGAAUGUGAGUGUGGUGCCCCUGAUACUCCAUAUGAUGGUAUUGGAGGCCCAGGCCUAGGAGCUGGAGAGCUUGACAAUUCCGCCUCUUAUUGUGUCAAGGCGAUGAAAACCACCCAAAAGGGGAAGAAUCUAAACAAGCUGAAGCAGAUGCUUUCCGUGUGUGACGUUGCAAUGGAGAUGGAAGACCAGGGGUUUGAUAUUCCUUCGUUAUGGGCUGAUGUCUUUAGUGGUCGUGGCCAAGAGCAUUAA